ACUGACCGAGGCGGAGAAUCAAGCCUGCGGACAAGAGCGAUGGUGACGGGAUACGAGCAAACACUAACACGACGGGAACUCGGACAGUCUCAGAGGGAAAGAAAGAUGUUUGGAGUAAAAACCAGCGACGUUUUAUCCUCCUUUAUUGCGAUAGAGUGCACAGGAGAAGUGUUUAGUUUGGCUUCAUUCAUCGGCGGAGUUUCAAUGAAAAGUCUACAAGCUGUCACACGGCGCGGAAUCUGACUGUCAACAACAGUCAACAACAGUCAACAACAGUCAGUGCUAGAGACAUAAAGACACGCUUGAUUUAGCGUUUAUUCUCAGUUUACAAUAGUUUAUAUCUGCGUUUCUAGGCUGUUGGAUUGCUCAGGAUGCAGGUGAAAAAGCAGAGAAGCUCCGAGGACCCAGCGCGGGAUGAUAUGAAGAAAAAGCCCUCAUGUUUCUCAAAUAUUAAGAUAUUUUUAGUGGCGGAAUGUGCUCUGAUGUUGGCGCAGGGCACAGUGGGCGCAUACUUGGUGAGCGUGCUGACCACGCUGGAGCGGCGCUUCAAUCUUCAGAGCGCUGAUGUGGGCGUCAUCGCCAGCAGCUUUGAGAUCGGCAACCUGGUGCUCAUUCUCUUCGUUAGUUAUUUUGGUGCUAAAGCCCACCGCCCUCGGUUAAUUGGCUGUGGAGGCAUUGUCAUGGCUUUGGGAGCACUGCUGUCUGCGUUACCAGAAUUCCUCGCCAGUCAGUACACGAUCACAGACUCUUGGAGCAAGGAUCUGGGGCGAGACGUGUGCUCCAACACCUCGAAUGCUGAUGAACCGUGUGGUAGUAAAGCCAACACCAACAUGAUGUACCUGCUUCUGAUUGGGGCCCAGAUGCUGCUGGGUAUUGGUGCCACACCUGUUCAGCCCCUAGGUGUGUCUUACAUAGACGAUCAUGUGCAGAAGAAGGACUCCUCUCUCUAUAUAGGUAUACUCUUUUCCACACUGGUGUUUGGACCUGCUUGUGGUUUCAUCUUGGGAUCUGUCUGUACCAACUUUUAUGUGGAUGCUUUGUUCAUCGACACAACUAAGUUGGACCUCACUCCUGAUGACCCUCGCUGGAUCGGUGCAUGGUGGGGAGGCUUUCUCCUCUGCAGCGUCUUACUCUUCUUCUCGUCCCUCUUCAUGUUCGGUUUCCCCCAGUCUCUGCCCGGCAAGGAGGUGGAGGGAGGUCUUGAGAGCGAACAGGCCAUGCUGCCCUCGUCUUUACCCCAGGAUCAUGAGAAGUCCAAGCCAAGCAAUGGAGUCCUGCAGAACUGCCAGCCCAACGGCAACAGCCUGUCCUGCUGCCAGCAGAUCCGAGUUAUUCCCAAGGUGACCAAGCACCUGCUGUCAAACCCAGUGUUCACGUGUAUUGUGUUAGCUGCCUGUAUGGAGAUUGCUGUUGUCGCUGGCUUUGCUGCCUUCCUGGGCAAAUAUCUGGAGCAGCAGUUCAACCUCACCACCACCUCUGCGAACCAGCUGUUGGGGAUGACGGCCAUCCCGUGUGCCUGUCUGGGCAUUUUCCUGGGAGGUUUGCUGGUGAAGAAGCUGAACCUGUCUGCUCUGGGAGCGAUUCGGAUGGCCAUGCUGGUCAAUCUGAUCUCCACGGCCUGUUACGUGUCCUUCCUCUUCCUGGGCUGUGACACAGGACCUGUCGCUGGGGUGACUGUCACCUAUGGCAACGAGACACUGCAAGUAGGCCAGAGGCCGGAAGCCCCCUGCAUGAGUCACUGUAACUGCUACACUUCGUCUGUUAGCCCCGUUUGUGGCUCCAAUGGUGUGACCUACUUGUCCUCCUGUUUCGCUGCCUGCACCAGAGCCAUCAGUACUGGACUCCCACCUCCUCUCUCUCAGAACAGGACAGGAUGUGCGUGUAUCUCAGCAUACAAUGACUUUGCCACGGCUGUGUCAGGCAAGUGCCCACGUCCCGGCUGCCAGGAGGCCUUCCUCAUCUUCCUGUGUGUGAUCUGUGCCUGCAGUAUGAUCGGAGCCAUGGCCCAGACGCCCUCCGUCAUCAUCCUCAUCAGAACUGUGAGCCCCGAGCUGAAGUCUUACGCUCUUGGAGUUCUCUUUCUGUUACUGCGCCUGUUAGGGUUCAUUCCUCCUCCUUUGAUAUUUGGCACGGGGAUCGAUUCCACAUGCCUCUUCUGGAGCACCAAGUGUGGGGAGAGAGGCGCCUGUCUGCUGUAUGACAACGUGAGAUACCGGCACCUGUACGUCAGCAUGGCCAUCGUCCUCAAGGUCGUGGCAUUCCUCCUCUACACAACCACCUGGCAAUGCUUGCGCAGAAACUACAAGAAAUACAUUAAAAACCAUGAGGGAUAUGUUACGCCCACGGAAAUUUUCUCGUCCACCGUGAAUCUAGACAGUCUCGAAAAGGACAGUACUCAGAGCCAAGUCAACAGGACUAAAUUUAUUUAUAACCUGGAGGAUCAUGAGUGGUGUGAAAACAUGGAGUCUGUUUUAUAGUGGCUUCAUGCAAAUUCAAGCAUUGUUCUGCUGAAGGAUCAUCCUUUGAGUUGAUCUCUUAUUUCAGGAUGUGCGGGACUGUUGUUGCGCUUUAUUGUAAACUCCUUCAAACUCUUCUACUGGGUCCAUCUUGUUUCUA